CCAUCCAGCAGCCAGCAGGCAGGCUGCUUGUACGGCUAUAAAUACAAUCAGGGUUGCGUUGUGAUGAGCAUCCAACUGACUGCAAGAGCGAUCUCUGGAUACUUGCAGCGGUUGCAGAGGCCGGUCGGCGUCGAAGAAGAUGGCUAAGCGAGGCGUUGCUCCCGUGCUCACAGCCGCAUUGGUCGUUGCGGCAUUCGCCGCCACCGCAACAAGUGUGCGAGCCAUCGGCGUGUGCUACGGCGUGAUGGGCAGCGGCCUCCGGUCCAAGAGCGAAGUCGUGCAGCUCUACAAGUCCAAGGGCAUCGGCAACAUGCGCUUCUACUUCGCCGACCAGGAGGUCCUCAACGCCCUGCGCGGCUCGGGCAUCGGCCUCGCCCUCGACGUCGGCAACGAACAUCUCGCCGACCUCGCCGCCAACCCCGCCUCCGCGGCGUCCUGGGUCAAGGACAACGUGCAGGCCUACUACCCGGACGUCAACAUCAGGUACAUCGUCGUCGGGAACGAGGUGGACGGCGCAGCCUCGGUCCUCCAGGCCAUGCAGAACGUCCACGACGCCCUGACGUCGGCCAACCUCGCCGACCGCAUCAAGGUGUCGACGGCGGUGAAGAUGGACGUGCUCGACGACAACUCCUCGCCGCCCUCCAACGGCGUGUUCAGGAACCCCUCCGUGAUGUCGCCCAUCGUGCGGUUCCUCGCCAGCACCGGCGCGCCGCUGCUGGCGAACGUGUACCCCUACUUCGCCUACAAGGACAGCCAGGGCAUCGACCUCAACUACGCGCUGUUCGAGCCGAGCUCCACGACGGUGAGCGACACCAACGGGCUCACCUACACGAACCUCUUCGACGCGAUGGUGGACGCCGUCCACGCGGCGCUGGACAAGGUCGGCGGCGGCAGCGUGGACGUCGUGGUGUCGGAGAGCGGGUGGCCGUCGGCCGACGGGAGGGGCGCCAGCGUGGAGAACGCGCGGACGUACAACCAGAACCUGAUCAGCCACGCCGGCAAGGGCACGCCGAGGAAGCCGGGCCCGAUGGAGGUGUACGUGUUCGCCAUGUUCAACGAGGACGGGAAGGGCGGCGACCCCACGGAGAAGAAGUUCGGGCUGUUCAAUCCGGACAAGACACCGGUCUACCCGAUUAAUUUCGCAUGAAAUUAAGUGACGCAGGAGUAGCAGCAUACAGGCCGGAUUUCUACGCAUGCUUCGAAUACUGCAUAUACAUAUACUACUGCAUGUAUGAAUAACUUUUUUUGCAACCAUAUAAAUAAAUAACGAAAUGAAUAAGUGGUUUAUUUU